CUCGCGAUACUUCAGCGUGACUUGCAGCGUGUCCGCCAUAGUGACGUCUCUUUGCAGAAGGGCAUAGAGAGGCCGAAACACGGCUGCCCAGUUAGAGUAACAACUUGGCACUUUUGUCCUUUAAACAUGCUGUCCAGACUCGUCUUUGUUUCAGCUGGGGCCCUGAAAAACACCGGGUGCCUAGGAGCUGGCCUUGUCCAGGCAUCUCGUGGCCUGCACACAUCAUCGCAGUGUCUGGCCCCAAUGCCCCCUAUGCCUGAGCAUGGAGGCAAAGUUCGUCAUGGGAUCUUCCCAGAGGAGCUUUUCCAGCUCCUGUAUCCCAAAACCGGAGUUACAGGUUUCUACAUGCUGGGGACUGGUCUCCUGGUCUACCUGCUGUCUAAGGAAAUCUAUGUCAUCAACCAUGAGACAUAUGCUGGACUUGCAAUGUUGUCUGUCAUCGUCUAUGGUGUGAAGAAAUUUGGUCCACAAGUUGCAGCUUAUGCUGACCAACUCAAUGACGAAAAAUUGGCCAAGGCUCAGGUAGUUAAAGACCUGACCCUGAAUUCAAUGACUGAGUCCAUUGAGAAUGAGAAAAAGGAACAGUGGAGAACAGAAGGGAGGUCGCUUCUCUUUGAUGCUAAGAGGAACAAUGUCGCCAUGCUUUUGGAGACCAACUACAGAGAGCGCCUACACAUGGUGACUAAUGAGGUGAAGAGGCGUCUGGACUACCAUGUGGCACUUCAGAACCUCAAGCGCCGUAUGGAGCAGGAACACAUGAUCAACUGGGUGGAGAUGAGCGUCGUCAGUACCAUUUCUCCACAGCAGGAGAAAGAGAGCAUCACUAAAUGCAUCUCAGACCUGAAGGCUUUGGCUAAGACGUCUCAGGCCAAAGCCACUGUCUAAAUUGUCCAACCUGCUCUGACCCAUGACUUACCGUCUCAUGAAGAAGGCGUUGACUUUUCUUCAAAGAAUAAACAAUUUCUUUUCACCAUGGUCUAUGUCAAUAGUAUGGGUGUGUACAGUAUUUACACGUCAGCUGAUAGUAAAAUAAAUGAUCCUAUUAA